GGACCCCAAACCUGUUUGGUUCCACAUUUGAUUUGUUGUUGUUUGUUUUUGAGACGGAGCCUCGCUCUGUCAUCCAAGCUGGAGUGCAGUGGUGCGAUCACGGCUCACUGCAACCUCCACCUCGCGGGUUCAAGUGAUUCUCCUGCCUCAGCCUCCCGAGUAGCUGGGACUACAGACACCCACCACUACGUCCAGUUAAUUUUUGUAUUUUUAGUAGAGACAGAGUUUCACCAUGUUGACCAGGCUGGUCUUGAACUCCUAACCUCAGGUGAUCCUCCUACCUCGGCCUCCCAAAGUGCUGGGAUUACAGGCGUGAGCCACUGUGCCCGGCCUGGUUCCACAUUUGAGACUGUGUACUCACACUGCCUGUGAGUGCAGGAGUUGGGGUGGGCGCCUGAGCCUUGGGUGCUUCUCCUUGAAAGGAUUCUGAGGAUGAGGAUAGGAGAAAAUAUUUUCAAAUUGCAUACCUGAUAAGGAUCUAGUAUCCAGAAUAUAUAAAGAACCCAUAGAACUCAGCAAUAGGCCGGGUGGAGUGGCUUAUGCCUGUAAUCCCAGCACUUUGUGAGGCCGAGGUGGGUGGAUCACCUGAGGUCAGGAGUUUGAGACCAGCCUGGCCAACGUGGUGAAACCCCCUCUACUAAAAAUACAAAAAUUAGCUGGGCGUGGUGGUGUGCACCUACAAUUCCAGCUAACUUGGGAGGCUGAGGCAGGAGAAUUGCUUGAACCCGGAAGGCAGAGGUUGCAGUGAGCCGAGAUCACGCCACUGUACUCCAGCCUGGCGACAGAGCAAGGCUCCGUCUCAAAAAAUAUGUAUAAAAACAAACCAUGAGAUGCCACACUACACCCAUUACAAUGGCUAUACUAAAACAAAACGCGGUGUUGGAGAGGAUGUCGAGAAAUGGGACCCUCAUCCACUGUUACUGGGAAUGUAAAAUGCAGCCACUUUGGCAAACAGAACCUCAAAAAGCAGCAUUAGCAUAUGACCACAGUUCCACUCCUAGGUACAUUCUCAAGAGAAUUGAAAAUGUGCCCACAGAAGCCUGCGCACAGAUGCUCAUGGCAGCAUUAUUUACAGUAGCCCCACAGUGGAAAAAACCAAAUUCUGCAUCCACUGAUGAAUGAAAGUGUGAUACGUUCACAGGAUGGAAUAUUACUCAACUGUGAAAAGGAAUGAAGCAAUCACAGUCGAGGAGGAACCUUGAAAAAGUAACAAAAGCCAGACACAAAAGGUCACAUGUUGUGUGACUGCAUCCUAUGAAAUGUCCAUUAUGGGCAAAACCAUGGAAACAAGAAGUAGCUUAGUCGUUACUGGGGACAGGGGAGAAUGGAGAGUUACCGUUUAAUGGGUGUAGUGUUUCGUUUUGGGGAAGUAAGAAGGUUCUGGAAUUGGUGAUGGUUGCACAACCUUGUUGAUAUACUAAAAGCUGUUGGGCACUGUGGCUCAUGCCUGUAAUCUGGGCACUUUGGGAGGCUGAGGCAGGAGGAUCCCUUGAGCCAGGAGUUCAAGACCAGGCUGGGCAACACAGUGAGACCCUGUCUCUACAAGAAAUAUAUUUUUAUUAUAUUUUUUUGAGACAGAGUCUCACUCUGUCAUCCAUGCUGUAGUGCGGUGGUGUGAUCUCAGCUCACUGCAACCUCCGCCUCCCGGGUUCAAGUCAUUCUCCUGCCUCAGCCUCCCGAGUACUUGGGAUUACAAGCACAUUCCACCACACCCGGCUAAUUUUUGUAAUUUUAGUCGAGACGGGGUUUCACCAUGUUCGCCAGGCUGGUCUCGAACUCGUGACCUGCCCACCUCGGCCUCCCAAAGUGCUGGGAUUACCGCCGUAAGUCACUACACCCAGCCUCAAAAACUAUAUUUUUAAAAAUUAGCAGCUGUGCGCAGUGGCUCAUGCCUGUAAUCCCAGCACUUUGGGAGGCCGAGGCAGGUAGAUCGCGAGGUCAGGCGUUCGAGACCAGCCUGGCCAAGUUGGUGAAACCUCAUCUCUACUAAAAAUACAAAAAUUAGCUGGGCAUGGUGGUGGGUGCCUGUAGUCCCAGCUACUAGGGAGGCUGAGGCAGAAGAAUUGCUUGAACCCAGGAGGUGGAGGUUGCAGUGAGCAGAGAUCACGCCAUUGCACUCCAGCCUGGGCGACAGGGUGAGACUCCAUGUCUCAAAAAAAAAAAAAAUAUCCAGGCACGGUGGCUCACGCCUGUAAUCCCAGUACUUUAGGAGGCCAAGGCAGGAGAUUUGCUUGAUCCUCCCAGGAGUUAGAGAUCAGCCUGGGCAACAUAGCAAGAUCCUGUUUCUAUAAAAAAUACAUUUUUAAAAAUUGGCCAGCCGGGCGCAGUGGCUCACACCUGCAAUCCCAGCGCUUUGGGAGGCUGAGGUGGGUGGAUCACCUGAGGUCAGGAGUUCGAGACCAGCCUCACCAACGUGGAGAAACCCUGUCUCUACUAAAAAUACAAAAUUAGACAGGUGUGGUGGCACAUGCCUGUAAUCCCAGCUACUCAGGAGGCUGAGGCAGGAGAAUCACUUGAACCCAGGAGGUGGAGGUUGCGGUGAGCCAAGAUCGAGCCAUUGUACUCCAGCCUGGGCAACAAGAAUGAAAACCCCGUUUCAAAAAAAACAAACAAAAAAUUGGCGGGGGUGCCAGGCACGGUGGCACACGCCUGUAAUCCCAGCACUUUGGGAGGCCAAGGCGGGUGGAUCACUUGAGAUCAGGAAUUUGAGACCAGCCAAGCCAACGUGGUGAAACCCCAUCCCUACUAAAAAUACAAAAAUUAGCUGGGCGUGGGGCACGUGCCUGUAAUCCCAGCUACUUGGGAGGCUGAGGCAGGAGAAUCGCUUGAACCCAGGAGGCGGAGGUUGCAGUGAGCCCAGAUCACGCCACUGCACUCCAGCCUGGACAACAAAGGAGACUCCAUCUUAAAAAAAAAUUAAUUAAAUAAAUUUUAAAAUUUAGCUGGAGCAUGGUGUUGUGUGCCUGUGGUUCCAGCUACUGGGAAGGCUGAGGUGGGAGGAUUAACUGAACCUGGGAGUUUGAGGCUCCAGUUAGCUGUGAACUGACCUCCCUGGGUGACAUAUAUAUAUUUAAGCCACUGAGCUGUGAAGGUUGUGAAGGUAUGUGAGUUAUGUCUUGAAAAAUACACACAUAGUGAGCGCCAAAUCCCGGGAGUAGUGUUUAAGUGGCGGGCUUGUCAGCUGUCAAGGGCUCUGCAGCCCUUUCUCUGAAUCCAAGUUGUUCUUCCUGUGGACAGGGAACCGAGGCUGCGAACUGGGAGGAUGUGGCCUCGUGGGGGGCAGGGCCAGCGUGCUGUGAUGGGGAUGGGGCUGGGCAGGUUGGGGCUGCCUGCUACUCCCCACUCCUGACUCUGGGUGGGGACAGAAGGCAGAGGGAGGCUCCUGGCACCUGGGGCACAGGAAUCUCAGGCAUGUGGUCCUGAGCCUGUUUCCAAAAGCCAGACCCUCCUCCCCAGGGCGGAGAGACUGGGAGGGGCCCCAAUCCAGGCUCCGGGAUGGCCUGGCUGGCAUCUGGGGUUCCAGUGGCCCCUCUCCCUUGGCCCUGGCAGUGGGGCUGGAUACUGGCCUGCCUCCCACCAGAGUCCCCCCAGCUCCUCCCUGCUGUGGGCUGGCCUGGGAGGAAGGGGGUGGGGUGCACUUACAUUUGCAGGUCUUUCCAGCCCCUGGGGCAGCCUGAUUAACCAGCUUCUCCAGGGCCAAGCUGUUGGGGGUGGGGUGCAGCCCGAAGCAGCCAGACCAGCCCCUGAGCCUCCCGGGUGCUGGCGGCUGUCAUGGGGCUACCCUGGGGGCAGCCUCACCUAAGGCUGCAGAUGCUCCUCCUGGCGUUGAACUGUCUCCGGCCCAGCCUGAGCCUGGAGCUGGUGCCCUACACACCACAGAUAACAGCUUGGGACCUGGAAGGGAAGGUCACAGCCACCACCUUCUCCCUGGAGCAGCCGCGCUGUGUCUUCGAUGGGCUUGCCAGCACCAGCGAUACCGUCUGGCUCGUGGUGGCCUUCAGCAAUGCCUCCAGGGGCUUCCAGAACCCGGAGACACUGGCUGACAUUCCGGCCUCCCCACAGCUGCUGACCGAUGGCCACUACAUGACGCUGCCCCUGUCUCUGGACCAGCUGCCCUGUGACGACCCCAUGGCGGGCAGCGGAGGCGCCCCGGUGCUGCGGGUGGGCCAUGACCACGGCUGCCACCAGCAGCCCUUCUGCAACGCGCCCCUCCCUGGCCCUGGACCCUAUCGGGUGAAGUUCCUCCUGAUGGACACCAGGGGCUCACCCAGGGCUGAGACCAAGUGGUCAGACCCCAUCACUCUCCACCAAGGGAAGACCCCCGGAUCCAUUGACACCUGGCCAGGGCGGCGAAGUGGCAGCAUGAUCGUCAUUACCUCCAUCCUCUCUUCUCUGGCCGGCCUCCUACUCUUGGCCUUCUUGGCAGCCUCUACCAUGCGCUUCUCCAGCCUGUGGUGGCCGGAGGAGGCCCCAGAGCAGCUGCGGAUCGGCUCCUUCAUGGGCAAGCGCUACAUGACCCACCACAUCCCACCCAGCGAGGCCGCCACACUGCCGGUGGGCUGCGAGCCUGGCCUGGACCCCCUCCCCAGCCUCAGCCCCUAGCCUGGCCUAUUUGCAUGGGGCUGGGGGAGAUGGGGCGCCGGGAGCGAGUGCAUGGUGCUUUGUCCCAGCUCCUGCACCCACAGGCCCCCUCAGGGCUCCUUGCCUUUCCCCCCAACCAGCACACCCCGUACCCUGCCUGGAAUCCCAGCACCAGCCCCCCUGCCUCUCCUCUGCCUUUCUGGUUUCUCUCCCUCUCCAAGCAUCUGUAAGUUGCACUCAGGAGGGUUUAGGGGAGGGCCAUGGGCAGGCUGGAAACCCAGUCCCCACCUCCAUCCCCACCUCUGUCUCACCUGACCUCCUGCAAGGGAGGCUGGAGACUGUGUGGACAGGCCGCCCUGACCACAAGCUUCCAGACCCUGGGAGGAGGCCUGCAGAGGACUGUGCUUUGCCUGAUGCAGGGAGCUGGGCCCAUCCUGGGGCCUAUGAGACCUGAGCCACCCUCCGUCCCCCAUCCCACACAUCAGUGGCUGGGCGGGGUGAGGAUUCAGAGGCGUCUCUACUGCCCCUGGGCACAGCACCUUUCUGAGAGUGGGACUCUCCAUGGUCAUCUGACUACCAAUUCUGGCCACCACCUCCAACCCUCUUGCGCAUAUGGAUGGCUCUAGCCCUUAUCCACCCCCUCAAGCAUUUAUUAAGCAUCUGCUGUAUGCCACAUACAGUGUUAGACUUGGGGCUUCAGGCAUAGCCAGUCCUGACCUUGGGGAGCUGCCUUCUCUAGACCUGAGACGACCACGUGUCCAGAUGUGACCUGUUGCUGUCGGGGGUCUGUCAGGCCCUUAGACCGUCACCCCAGUAGGCUCUCCAGGACCCAGGAGCCUCCAUCACCUGGAAGGACCCUCUGUGCAAAACCUCAAGCGUCCAUCUGUGCACAAGGCCGGUGGUUCCCGUCGUCGCCACUCGGGGGUUGCCGGUGAGCCGCAGCCAGGCCGCCUUACGGCCAGUGCGCAUGCGUGCUCCUAUUCGCUGCCCCUUCUGCCUCCGAGGCGGUAGCAGAUGCCACGUUGGCGGGGUCGGUGAAGGUCAGGACUCUAGGCCUCCCUCCGCCAGGCCAGAGUGAUGAGCAAUCACGCCUGAGAGCCCACUGCGUGCCAUGCAGUCCGCACAGCCGCAGCGAUUUUCUAGAUGGAGAAACUGAGGCUCAGUGACUUGCCCGCUGCACUCUGUCCACGGCCGCUGCACACGCCCCCUUGAGCUGCGCUCCCGGACCUUCUAAUGUGACCACGGCUCCCGGCAUGCAGGCCCUGCCAGCGGAGGGAGCCCGGUGGUGACCCUUGGUCUGCAGCCCUCUUUGGAGAUCUAAAGCUUAAGGACUAUGGAGUGGAUCUCAUUGAAGUUUCAGACAAUGGAUGUGGGGUAGAAGAAGAAAACUUUGAAGGCUUAAUCUCUUUCAGCUCUGAAACAUCACACAUGUAAGAUUCAAGAGUUUGCCGACCUAACUGAGGUUGAAACUUUCGGCUUUCAGGGGGAAGCUCUGAGCUCACUGUGUGCACUGAGAUGCCAAACCUUAGAUUUUAUGAUGACUCCUCAACCGUUUAGAUCUUGGUUAUCUCAGAGGGAUCAUCAGCUUUUUAAGAAAGUUUUGAGAGAAAAGCAAGUGAAGAAAAGCAUAGUCAAUGCUCAACAUCACGGGUCUCUCACUGAACACACCACGCCUGGUAUUCUCUCACAGCGAUGUCACCAUUUCUACCUGCCACGCAUCGGCGAAGGUUGGGACUCGACUGGUGUUUGAGCACGAUGGGAAAAUCAUCCAGAAAACCCCCUACCCCCACCCCAGAGGGACCACAGUCAGCGUGAAGCAGUUAUUUUCUACACUACCUGUGCGCCAUAAGGAAUUUCAAAGGAAUAUUAAGAAGACGUGCCUGCUUCCCCUUCGCCUUCUGCUGUGAUUGUCAGUGUCCUGAGGCCUCCCCAGCCACACUUCCUGUACAGCCUGCAGAACUGUGAGUCAAUUAAACCUCUUUUCUUCAUAAAUUCCCCAGUUUCUCAUAGUUCUUUAUAGCAGUGUGAAAACAGACU